AAUCCUCCGUCUGUCACUCAACAGCACAGUCUCUCCUCCUCCUUGCUUGGCAUCGGGGUUGGUGUGUGUGUGUGUAUGUGUGUGAUUGUGUAUGUGUGCCCACCUUGUUCCAGCGACGAGCUAUCCGAAAGCCAGCUGUUUGCAGUGAAUACAUUUCUGGCAAAAGCCGCCGGCUCGACACGCACUUUAUCCUCCUCUUUGAGGCUGUGGUCGUAGCCUUUAUGUUUUACCGUCAAAAUGAGUCAGGAUGUGAUGGGGUGCUGUCCUGCUAUCGCUAGCUAGGCGGACAAAUUCCUUCAACCAGCCUGCUGUUUCAAUCACUGCGGGUUGACACAACAUUAGCUGAGGCGUUGUUGAGUGAGCUAGCGGGCUAGCAAGGCAGCUUUUAUAGCCGUUACGUCUGUUCUAGCUAACGUUAGCUAAUGUAGUUAGUUAGAGAACGGACGCAUUGCUGCGGCGUGGAUAGUGCAAUAACGGUUAUCACUAAUGUUAGCUUCUUAGCAAGGACUACUACUUUUUUCUAGCGUAAACUAGCUCGCUGACGUUGAAGAGACUGCACAGAUAUCAACUGUUACGGGUUUGGAUGUCGCGACACUGCAGUUUUGUACCACUUUUGGCGGAUUGUGAAGACAGAAUUGGACCACAGUGACAGACGAAAAGAUAGAAUUGGACCACCAAGUGACCGAGCGGGUUAAUGAUAUAAACCAGGUGUUAAGUGGCUAAUCUGUGGCAGUUGCAGUAAUUUUAAUACUAUCUGUAUUAAGGCAGAGCAUCUCGGGGAGGCCCCGCCGUCUCCUGACUCCCCUCCCCUGUCCGAAUCUCCCGUGAUUUACCGAGAACACCCGGGCGAAGUCGCAGUUGUUCUCGGCUGGGGGGACAACUUGACAGCGAGGCCCCUAGCUUUAGUCUCCCCUCCCCCAGUCCUGUCCAUCCAUCCAUCCGUCCAGCCCCGACAGACCGCCUCCUCCUCGUCUGAAAUCGAAGCGAGGACCGGGGAUUCGGGAUAAGCCGAAACCGUGGGCAAGUGUUUGUCGGGUCCCGUAUAAAACCGGGCUGCCAAAACCAGAGGGGAUGACUCUGGAGUCCAUGAUGGCUUGCUGCCUGAGCGAAGAGGCGAAGGAGUCGAAACGAAUCAAUGCAGAAAUUGACAAACAACUCCGCCGAGACAAGCGAGACUCCAGGAGAGAGCUAAAAUUACUUCUUCUUGGUACGGGAGAAAGUGGCAAAAGCACCUUCAUCAAGCAGAUGAGGAUCAUCCAUGGAGCCGGAUACUCAGAUGAAGAUAAGAGAGGCUUCAUCCGGCUUGUUUACCAGAACGUCUUCACGUCCAUGCAGGCCAUGAUCCGGGCAACUGAGACCCUCAAGAUCCCCUACAAAUUUGAACAGAAUCGGUCUAAUGCCAUGCUCGUGAAGGAGGUGGACAUUGAGAAGAUCAAUGGGUUUGACCAGCCCUACAUUGUAGCUAUCAAGAGCCUGUGGGCUGACCCGGGGAUCCAGGAGGCCUACGACCGCCGCAGAGAGUACCAGCUGUCUGACUCCACUAAAUAUUACCUUAGCGAUAUAGACCGAGUGACUGCGGAGGGAUAUGUUCCCACCCAGCAGGAUGUGCUGAGGGUCCGUGUUCCCACCACGGGUAUAAUAGAGUACCCAUUUGACCUGGAGAACGUCAUCUUCAGGAUGGUGGAUGUAGGGGGUCAGAGGUCAGAGAGGAGGAAGUGGAUUCACUGCUUUGAGAAUGUCACCUCCAUUAUGUUUCUUGUGGCGCUGAGUGAGUACGACCAGGUCCUGGUGGAGUCAGACAACGAGAACCGCAUGGAGGAGAGUAAAGCUCUAUUUAGGACUAUCAUUACCUACCCUUGGUUUCAAAACUCCUCCGUCAUCCUCUUCCUCAACAAGAAGGACCUGCUAGAGGAGAAGAUCUCCUACUCACACUUGGUGGACUAUUUCCCCGAGUUCGAUGGUCCCCAGAGAGAUGCACAGGCAGCGCGGGAGUUCAUCCUCAAGAUGUUUGUGGACUUAAACCCAGACAGCGACAAGAUCAUCUACUCUCACUUCACUUGUGCCACGGACACUGAGAAUAUCCGCUUUGUGUUUGCAGCUGUCAAAGACACCAUCCUACAGCUCAAUCUCAAAGAGUACAACCUGGUGUGAGGGCUCACGUACGACGCACAUCUCCUCCCCAUUGCACAAAUGCACACCUCUUUGGAAGUGUGCACUCAGCUCCACAUGCAUUACACAGCACAUGCCGGCUCACUCACACACUCACUCACUCACACACUCACUUUCUCUCUCUCUCACACACACACACACACACACACACACAAGCAGACACGCAUUCUAAUAGAACCUUUCCUUUCCCCACCCCCCACCACCUGCACCCCCCCCCCCCCAGUACAGUACUUUCACAGACCCUCCCACCUGCAAACGCCGCCCCUUGCUCUUUCACCAAAGCUCGCCCUCUUCCUCCUUCGCUCGGCAGCUUGUUGUGUCAGAAUCCUCGCUCCUCCCAAAGCUGCUCCGUGUGUCAGAUUUGGCUCCGGCUGCUAGCUCUGGCACAUUUCAUCUGGCACACAAACCUUUCACACGGGCUGUACAGUGACUGAAGGGGACUUUGGUGUUUGUGUGUGUGGUACGUAUGUGUGUGCGUGUGUGUAUAUUUGGGGCAGCAUUGACUAGCAAGGAGCUGUGUUUUGGUGAAUAGCAGCAUCAAACCCCUUUGGCCCUCUGGAGUUGACCCUCAUUGGUGUGAGAUCAGAUCCUCCGUCAUCUCCUUUCUGCCAGUGUGGGAGGAAGUGAAUUCUGUAUCUGCUGAAAACACCCAAGGACCAGCGGCUCGAUGCUGAGAUACUUCAGAGUGACUUGGACAGGAUGUGAGGUUUCACACAGGAUGCAAGGGGAUGGGGCUGAGGAUUCUGUCUCCACCUCGCAUCUAUGAAUGUACCCACCAGUUUGAGCAUCGCAAUCGCAAAAAAUAGAUAUAUAUAUUAUGAAGUAAAUGCAUAUGUAAACACACUUAAGACAAAAAGCACGAGAGGACAAGACAUAGCUAAUCAAAAUCUGUUCAUUGCUGAGAUUUUUAAAAUGUUUUUAAUGAUAGAAAUUUGUUGCUACGUCUACUUCUAUUUAACAGAUAAUGGCUAAAUGGAAUGGUGAUAAGAAAUGGUAAGAAAAUCUAUAAAAACUUUUAAACAAAGACAUCCAAAAAAAAGAAGCAACCAGAAAUUUACUUGACAUAAGUAUCCUUUAAAGAUUUCUGUAUUUUUAUGUUUAAGUUAAUCACAUCGCUUCCCCCCUCCAGAUGUUUUCUGUAUGGAUUCACAGGGACAAUCUUCCAUGUGACCUUCACAGGCUCCAUUGAUAACACCCCCAUAUCCUUAAUACAAAACACCAGUAGAAGGUGAGAGGACCCUGCUUUUUAACACAGGCUCUCCUCUGAUUGAGUGGAAGCAGACGUGGAGGAGAGUGUGAUGUCAUCAUCAGUGUUAAUCAGCCCACAGAGCACAUCUGCAGCUUGGGCUGCAAGUAGCUUAUUCAACAAAAUAAAAGCUGUAAAUUAAAACACGCCCAGAAUCCAUGCGGUAACAUCUCUGAUGGCGUCACACCUGCAUCGCUCAGCCGUACAAUCAGACCCACUUCCUGAUGGUGACAUAGUCUCUAUUACAUCAGGAUGUGCUUCUGUUAUUUUUUUUGUUUUUUUGUUUUUUUUUACUGUAUAGUCACUUUGUUUAUAAAAAAAAGAUUGCUUGCUAUUGAGUGGUGAGAGGAGGGGGGGGGGCGUUAUGAACCUUUCACAGAAAACGCACUCUGAAGUCUGCAAAUGUUGUUUGUGUAUAUUUGUUUGUAAAUACAUAUACACAAAACACUCCUGUAUAAAAAUGCUCUGUGGUACACCAUCUUUGGCAAAAAAUACAACAAAAAAACUAAAAAAAAAACAAACAAAAAAAAAACUAAAAAGAAAAACUAAACUUAUUUCAUUAGCAUACAGUUUUUCCUAUGAAUUUAUGGUAGUAUUGAUACUGUGAUUAUGGAUUUUGUUCACUUGAUUAAUAGGACUACGCAGAGCUGAGUGGUGCUGAGGAAAAUGAUCGGCAAGGAGCAAUAGUCAGAGAAAAGAGGUUCCUCCCAACCAGCCUCACAACUCCACACUACUGCAACAGCUCUGCCUCCAGAGUAAUACUAACUAGGGCUGGUAAAAAUCUUCACAGUAUGGUGACAAGAUGAUUUUAAGAGUAAUUAAAGAUUUUUUUUAUUUAUCUAAUUUAUGGACCAGGUUUGAAGGUGUUGAUAAUUUGACUGCUUUUGAUUCUGUCAUGUUGAAGUGCUCCUCUCAUGGUGGAGCCUACUUGAGUCUGAACUGCUGUAAAAACGAAUGUCUGGUAUAGUAAGGACUUUAUCUCUGCUUUCUAUUUCUUAUUGAGACAUUUCCAGUUGUACUUGCCAUCACAUCUCCAUCCAUUUAUAAUAACUGGUUUCUUUAGGAGCCCUCACAUUUGUUUUGUUUGAUUUAAAAAAAAACAAAAAAAAAAAACAAAAAAAAAACAAGAAACUUGUAUUUCUUCUUGGUUUAUAGACGCAGCGCUGUAAUGCAUACCUAGAAAAAUGUACAGUACGAACGUAGGUGGACUUUUUUAUCAGUGAUUGAAGACCUAUGCGGUCCAUGCUUGCUAUUUGUAAUUUAACACAAAAAAUUCUGUUGUCGGUUUUUUGCAUUGUUAAUUUCCAGUUUUUUGAGGCUUGCUUUGAUAGUGCCAGUGAAGUGCAGAUACUUUUUUGGUCUUUGACCUUUUCUACAGGUGACUUAUCCUUCAUCCUCAUUAAGGGCUAUCACAGUGCAUCAGGCAUCAGACAGCGGGGACUGGAGUACAGGACCACAGUGAACCAAGUCAUCCACUACUAAUUCUUGUUUAUAAAUGGAGAUUUACUUGCAGUAUGUGCUAUAAGAAGUGUAGUCAGGGUGUUAAUGCAAACAUAAAGUGUGUGUGUGUAGAGAGUUUACCAACACUAAGCAGUUUUCUUUAUGUAUUUCUUUAUGUAUCGGGCCCUUUUGUGAAUUAGGUGGACCCAGUAUCUGGCUCUCUGACCUUCACUACUUCAUGUUUAUUUGCAUUGGUAUCACAGUGUUACCUGUUAGACCUCAUGCAGUGUAGAGAACCUUAUCACUAAAGACAUUACUACCAGGAAAAGUAUUGCAUGUUUCACAAGUAUUUGAGUUGUACCUGAUAGCCAAGAAAUCUUAACGACCAUACUGGUGGAUUUGCAUGUUUUACCCCAUUCACUACAAGUCUUAAACUUUAUUGUUGACCACUUUUCAGUUUAUUGAUUGGUUUGCUACUUUCAAGGCAGCUGCUGGUAACAUGCCAUGGCAUUAAAAACAGACUUCUUGUAACUGAUUAAGUAAAAGUUUUAUAAUGACACUGACAAACUAGUUUAUGUAAAUCGCUUAUGUCUGGCCAAUACCUGAUUGCAAAAUAAGUGAAUAUAGGCACUGAUGAACAAUACAGAAAAAUGAAGAGGACUGUAACGGGUCACCUAUCUCAAAUCAGUUUUGUGUCAAUCCUAAAUUGAUUUUCUUAGAUGAAACCAACAAAAAGCUGCUGAAAAGACAAUAAGUCCAUCUAAAAACUUAGGAUUCAAAAAAUGGUGAGCAAUCAUGUAAUGUUUGAACACUAGGUUAAUGGGGCUAAAAUAUAAUGUUAAAAUGCCAGUGUGGUCCUUAACUGCCAUUUUGUCUGCUGAAAAAUUACACUAACCUUGUACGAAAGAAGCAGACAGCCAACCAUUAAAACAGCUGUUAUAAAGAGUGUGUGGAUGCCAGUAUUUAAGUGGAAUGAUUAUACCAGUAUGAAUACCCAAGUAUUUAUCUGUAGUCCUGUUAAGAUUUGCUUUGUGUUGAGUGCAGCUCACUUUCAUAGUGAUUAACCAAUGUUGUAUUUUGACACUACAACUCUGGCACAUGGUGAAGGGCUGACUGGCUUUAAGUGUGGGUUUGGUACUUGUUAGCGGCCCAUGGUGCAGUGUGUUUUUGACACAUUUUAUCUCAACUUAUAUGAGCUGGAAAGAGGGAUGGCAGUCUGUGUGACACUUAAAUCUCCUUAAAUCUCAUUCUUUCAUUUUUCUCAGUUUUUGAGCAUUAACCAGUGAAAAGACUGGACUGGUAUUUCACUACAACACUCUUAUUUAUUGCCUUUCAUUGCCUUGAAUAAUGACAGAUGGCGUUGCUGGCCCGUUAUGGUUCUGGAGCAUAUGCUCUUGUGACCUUUUCGGCGGCUGAGGCUGUGUGAUGUCCCUUCCUGUGGGCCUGUAGGAAUGAGUGGAAUCAAACUUAUCUUUCGGACAUCAGUUUGGAGUCAGUGCAUAUUCAAAAACUUAAGCUUGUUCCCUUUUUUUUUUUUGUUUUUCAUUUUCUUUCUCUGUAUGAUAAGAAGACAUUACCAGAACACUAUUAUUUAGGACCACUUGAUUUAUUUUUCCUCACUCCAAUGAAACCUGAAGGUCAGUUGUGUAGUGGUGUAUAAAAUGCUGUUUUUUCCUCUUUAUUUUGUAUGUAAACCAAAUGUAAAUUAUGUAUUAUACUGAGUGUGCCAACCCCACUCUAUCUAGAGCCAGGCUCUCUCUAAGUGCCAACGCUGUGGUCAUCAUCAAAAGGACCACCACCCAAGAUGGUCCCCCUUUUUAAAUAAAACAAACCAGAGACUAAAAGGAUAGAUGAUUAAGUACACACAAAGACUUUAUUCUGUAUUUAAGAUUGAAGAUUUAAAAGAUAAUCUGCUGUUUUUUAAGAAACUGUAAUUAUAAUUGCAUGUGCUGUUUAUUUUGUGUUGGAAGUGAGGGCUUGGAUGUUUUCAUUGAAGCAGAGCCCUUGAUGAAGGGGGUUCAAUCAGUUGGUUAUUAUCGAUUAUUGAUUUACAUAACUCUUGCCAUAUUUUUUUAUGUGUUUCAUGUAUUUGUUUCAACCACUGUUGCCUGAUCCUCAUUCAAACAUGAACAUGACUUAUGAUCAUUGCCGCCUUCUAAGAGAGAAACAUAAUGACAAGGUAUCUGUUUUAAAUUGAAAUAAAUUUGUUCCUAUACUUGC